AUGACUAAAAGCUCAAGAGAUGUUCUGGUACAUAGAGCUCGAUUUGCGGAUUUCAACGGUGCCAAUAUCUCCGCACUUGCAUUCUCUCACGCUUCCAGAGCGGAUAAAAGAACACCGUCAGAUUUGAGAUUGGCAUUGGGAAGGUCGAACGGUGAUAUUGAAAUUUGGAACCCACGCAAUGGCUGGUACCAAGAGCUGAUCAUCCAAGGUGGUAAAGACCGCACUGUGGAAGGUCUAGUUUGGAGCAAUUUGCCCGGAGAACCGCUGCGACUUUUCUCGAUAGGUGCAUCUACAGUAGUGACAGAAUGGGACUUAGCAACUGGUCUAGCAUUGAAAAACUACGAUUGCAAUGCUGGCGUUAUAUGGUCCAUGGCUCUAGACUCGACAGGAACAAAAUUGGCGGUCGGGUGCGAUAAUGGCUGUGUUGUGAUUGUGGACAUUUCAGGUGGACCGGGCGUUAUGGAACACGAAGCCGUUCUCCAAAGACAAGACUCCAGAGUACUGUCUGUCGCGUGGAAAGGAAACGAAUCUGUAAUUGGAGGCUGUGCUGACGGAAGAAUACGAGUCUGGAGCGCCUCGAGUACUGAAGAAAUGAGGGGACGAAUUUUGCAUACCAUGAAGGUCGACAAAUCUAAAAAAGAGUCUACUUUGGUAUGGAGCGUUAUAUACCUCCCAAAGAAAGAUCAAAUUGUCUCCGGUGACUCCACAGGUGCAGUCAAAUUCUGGGAUCUCCAGUAUGCCACAUUAACACAAUCGUUCAAAAGCCAUGAAGCAGAUGUCUUAUGUUUGGCUACAGAUGAAAGUAAUACAAAGGUUUUCAGUGCCGGUGUAGACCGCAAGAUCUACCAAUAUAACUUUGCGGCUGCCAAUGCAUCGAAAAACAACUCCAAAUGGGUCAUUGCUUCAAAUAGACUACUGCAUUCAAAUGACGUAAGAACAAUGGCCUCUUACCAAUCCAAAGGUGCUGACUUUCUUGUUUCGGGCGGACUUGAGAAAAACCUUUUCAUAAGUUCAAUCUCUAACUUCACAGACGGCACAUACACGAAAGUCCCCUACUUCGUUCCAUUCCAUAAAAGUGCUCUUUUCAACGCUGAGCAGCGCUUGUGUGUGGUUUGGCAGCAAUCAACAAUAAGAAUAUGGGCCAUAGGCAUGGACGCAGGCGAUGCAGAAAACUACAAACUUUGUUGCAAGUUAACGUUGACGGAUGAGCAAAAUAUCACAACAUGCGCCCUUUCAGAAGAUGGCCAAGUUCUAGUCGUUGGUCGGCCCAGUACCACAAAGCUCUUCCAUUUGCAUCCUUCCAAUGGUAAACUAAAAGUAACCAAAUUGGAUAACGAGUUUCUUUUGAAAACUGGUUCCAAGCAUAUCAAAUUCAUUGACAACUCGAAAAUACUUAUAGUCUCUUCGAAAGACGAGGUCUUUAAGCUAGAUCUGGAAGACGAAGAGGCAGACGAAGAAGCAACGGAAAUCGAACUGCCUGCGCUAUCUGAAGACGCUGCGUCUCAUAAAAUACCACACAAUGCAUCAAUCAAUCAGAUUGACUGUCGGGGUUCUGUUGCCGUUGUAUCACGCUCAUGCGGAGCCGUUGAUGUAAUUAAUAUCAAUGAGAACCAUGCAGUCGCUGUUGCUCGCGUUUCCAGUUUCAUUACUGCCCUUCACAUAAGCCAAAAGGGUACUGCUCUACUGACGACAGCAGAAAAUAAGCUAUUAGAAUUUUCUUUGAAAGAGACUGACGAAUCUGGCGUGGGUGCGAUGUCAGAAUGGUGCAAGAAAAACAAAGAUUAUCUGCCAAAAGAAUUUGAGUCUUCAAGGAACAAGUUUGUUGGGAUCUUCAGUGCCGGAAAUUCUCAAGAAAGAGUUUGGGUAUGGGGUGUUAACUGUCUCGCCAGCUUCGAUAUGUCACAAGACCUUCCAAUCAGCACACGGAAAAGACCAAAGAAGCAUAAGAUUGACGGCAAUUCUGUUACUGACAGAAGUAGCUACGUUAACGGAGGGGAAGAGGAUGACGAAGAUGAUGAGGAAUUCGAUACCACUGAGUCAUUAAUGAGGGAGAGACCUACUUCUGAACAACUAGCGAAGCGCAUUAAUAAAGACAAUCAUCCAUUUUUCUUUACUGAAAAAUACAAAUCGAUUUUGCUGGCCGACGUUAUAUCCGGCGAUGAAAUCAUACUGAUUGAAAAUCCUGGCACUUUAAGAGCGGCGUCGCUACCGGCUUUUAACCUACCUAAAUUGGUUAUAUAG